UAUUUUUUUCUUUGUUGUUGCUGUGUGAUGGACUAACUGAAGGAAAUACAUAAUGCGAACCCAUAUUUAUUUUCUGGUACUUGGUAUUGCUUUGGUCGGGUUCGCUUACUACAUUUUUUAUGUCUCACAGGCCAGUGGUCCAGCAGAAUGUAACCUGAGCAAGGAUAAAGAAGUUAAGAUACAAGAAGUUAAUAAGGAUUUACUCGUUCCAGAGGGAAUCAAAUACAACCAGCCAAGCACGAGUAAUAGUCGCCCUGAUGUUGCCACAACAACCGCAUGGUUAGCCCCAAUAGUCUGGGAGGGAACAUUUGAUCCGUCUGUGAUUGAUGCCAUUUACAUGCCACAGAACAUCACCGUGGCGGCCACAGUCUUCGCACUGGGAAAGUAUGUGCGUUUCUUAAAGGAUUUCUUUGAGACAGCAGAGCAGCACUUCAUGGUGGGUUACCACGUGCAUUAUUACCUGUUUACAGAUCGCCCAGAUGAGGUUCCGAUUGUUCAGCUGGGGGAAGGACGUGAGCUGGUGAAGAUUGAAACACCAAGCUCAAACCGCUGGCAGGAAAUCACGCUGCGCAGGAUGGAGAUGAUCGAAAAGCUUAUAGAGGAACGCCUUGUCAAUAAAGCUGACUACAUCUUCAGCCUAGAUGUUGACACCAAAUUCUAUGGGCACUGGGGGGCCGAGACUUUGGCUGAUGUAAUUGCUGUGCUGCACCCUGGGUAUUUCGGGACCCCACGGAAUGAAUUCCCAUACGAGAGGCGUCCCGAAUCUUUGGCCUACAUCCCCUUGGAGGAGGGAGACUACUACUAUGGAGGGGCCGUGCUUGGGGGACGUCUUGACCAGGUACUGAAGCUGACUAAGACGUGCCGCACACAGCUGGACCUCGACCGAGCCAAUCAGAUUGAAGCCGCAUGGCAGGAGGAGUCUCACCUGAACAAGUACUUUCUGUACAACAAACCUGUCAAAGUGCUCUCACCUGAGUACCUGUGGCAGGACUUUAAAGCUAAAACCAGUAACAUGAAAGUGAUUCGCUUCUCACAGGUGAUCAAGAACUACGCUGAGGUCCGACCCAAUCCCUAACUUGACCCAAUCCAAUUCUUACAACACCACUACUUCAGUCAGACCUUUCAGAUCUUUACCCAACAAACCAAACCUUCUCAAAUGUCUUUUAAUGGCUUACAUGUAAAACAUGAAGUAAUUAAUCUUCUUAAUAAACCUGCACACAAAGUAGAGCACAGAUUUGCACAUGUUUGUCCAAUGGGUAGGGACAUCAGUCAAUCUUCUUGCACCUCCUGAAACACGUAACGAAAAAAGAACAUUGACAUUAUGUCUAAUAAAUAAGACAACAAAAUAUGUUAAUGAAAUCUUUUGUAAAUGUGUGGUGUAAUGAAGAGCAUCAUGUAACAUCGCCUAACAUUAACCUUAUCUCAGCUGUUUAUUUAAAAUCACUUGAUUAUUACACAUUACUCUUAAUUU